AUGAACUUAUUUACAAAGAAAGUUGUAUCGAGACAAAACAACAUCUACGAUUCCCAUAUUAUACCCUAUGAAGAAUUCAGCAACGCUUCAAGGAGUCAAUUAAUACCACCACGUAGGAAAACUUCAACGUUCAGACUUAUAAACGAUCUGAGAGAUACAGCGUUUAAAGAAGAAGACGAAACAGACCUCGAUGUUGACGAUGCCAGUGCAAAUGACGAUGCUGAGGAUGCUGGUACAGAAGAAGAUGAAGAUGACGACGACGAUGAUGAUGGUGUUGACGAUGGUACGGCUAAUGCACUAGUACGACCCAAAGAUCGAGAACGAGGAGGAUAG